AUGCCGUCCUUUGUUGAGAACCAAGGAGCCAAUAUAUGUGCAUGCGUCCUCAUCAGCGUCAACUACAAAGGUACCUUGACAUUUUUGGAGCUUCUUUCUUCUGGACUUUGAGAAUCGGCAUGGUGGGAGAACAUCAACAAGUGCUGCUCCAUAUCAUCAGUCAGGAAGCCAAAGAAGAAAACUUGCUAGACCGUACAAACGGAAACCACCAGUCAUUCUCUCAGCACAGAAGUUAUGUGUGGUGGCUGCGAUUGGCUACCUACACAGUCUUUCUCCUGGCAGGGCAAUCAGGGGCUACGCUAUUGGGAAGACUCUACUUUGACAAAGGUGGAAACAGCAAAUGGAUGGAGACACUUGUGCAAGGUGCAGCUUUCGCAGUGCUCAUCCCCUGCUAUUACUUUGUAGCCAAAAGUGCUGAUGCAAAAGUCAUAUAUGGAAACCCACCAUCAACUUUGGUCCUUCUAUCAAUUUAUCUCGUAAUUGGUGGACUUCAAGCAGCAAUAAGCAUGUUGUAUUCACUAGGACUAUUAUACCUUCCAGUGUCUACCUAUUCCAUGAUUUGUGCAUCACAAUUGGCCUUCAAUGCCUUGUUCUCUUUUUUCCUUAAUGCACAAAAGUUCACUCCUUUCAUUAUCAAUUCUCUAGUCCUCCUCACCAUCUCUUCCAUACUCCUCGUGUUUCAAUCCGAAUCCACAGACUCUACUGAAGUCUCUAAGAGAGACUAUGCAAUCGGAUUUUUAUGCACUGUUGCCGCAUCAGCUGGUUACGGAUUGAUACUUUCACUAACACAACUCACCUUUCAGAAGGUUCUAAAACACGAAAAUUUGAAGGCAGUUUUGGAUUUGAUUGUGUAUCCUUCACUGGUUGCGACUUGUGCUGCUCUGGUGGGACUUUUUGCUAGUGGCGAAUGGAAGGGUUUAGAGAGAGAGAUGGAGGGUUUUGAGCUGGGAAAGUUGCCUUACCUCAUGACACUAAUGUGGACAGCUAUAAGCUGGCAGAUCUUCAACAUUGGGUGUGUAGCAAUAAUUUUUGAGGUUUCCUCACUGUUCUCCAAUGCCAUUAGUGCUCUAGGUAUGCCUAUCGUCCCUGUUCUAGCAGUGUUCAUCUUCCAGGACAAGGUUAAUGGGGUGAAGGUGAUGUCUAUGGUGUUGGCAAUUUGGGGCUUUGUUUCUUAUGUCUAUCAGAACUAUCUUGAUGAUUUGGGGUCCAAGAAAGAUAACAGAAAUUUCAAUGAAGUUCCCAAUGACUCUCCUUCCAGGAUAUCCACAAAUGAAUAGGAAAGUCUUCUAUGAAUCAGUGUUAAACUUAUUCUAUGAAUGAACUAGUUGACUGUAUAACAAGCAAAUGCCCCCAAAAGAAAAUUUUGGGUAGCUAAUACAAUGCGUCUAUGUAUAUUGUCAUUUGAUAACCGAGAAUUCCCCCGCU